UGGAGACAGUUUAGGGCUAAACAUGCAAACAAAUCCAUUGAACAUAUUUUUAUACUUAUGAAUUCAAUAGGUAAAUAGGUUCCGUGUCAACAGUAUAAUAUCUCACCAACAUGUCUAACUCAAAGUCAGGGAAGCCAAGCGAAGAAGUGUACGUCGUCGCCAAGUACGACUACACGGCACAGGGCAGUCAGGAACUGAGCCUGCGCAAACACGAGCGGCUAAUCUUGCUGGACGACAGCAAGCACUGGUGGAAGGUUCAAAACUCUCAGCGCCAGUCGGGCUUUGUCCCAUCCAAUUACGUGAAACGGGAAAAGCCCUCUCUGUUCGACAGCAUUCGAAGGCGCGUACGUAAACGUGGGGACACGAGACCUUCUCCGACAUCGUCCCCUGUGGCACCCAAAGAAGAUCAAGGCGGCGGAGGCAAUCAAGUUGACGCGGCAGUUUGUGGCACCGCGCUUGUGCGUUAUAACUACGAAGCCAAGCAGCCGGACGAGAUUUCCCUCGUGAAGGGAGCCCGCGUGGUCGUGAUGGAGAAAUCGAGCGACGGCUGGUGGAAGGGCGAGCACUGUGGAACCAUUGGAUGGUUCCCUUCAAAUUAUGUUCAGGAAGAAGUAGAAGCAGCCACACCCGACGGGGACUCGUCCCUGCCUCCGCCAGCCACGGCUGUCCCAGUCAUCGAGACAGUGGUCGCCCUCUACUCAUUCACCUCCCAGAACGAGGAAGAACUGAGCUUCACCAAGGGAGAGCAGCUGGAGAUAGUAGACAAGCCGGAGAACGACCCGGACUGGUGGAAAGCUCGCAACCAGAUGGGCGAGAUGGGCCUCGUGCCCAAGAAUUACGUCCAGGUGGUGGCGAGAGGGCAGGAUGGUGGAUCCUCAGGACCUCCCAGUCUGGAAGGGAAUCUCAGCCAAACGGGAAAGGAGGAGCAAGUAAAGAAAGUUGGGCUCAACGUCACGACCACCACCACCACCAGCAGCAGUGGGAAAUGUAGCCGGCCAGAGCUGCAGGGCAAGGAGUGGUACUUUGGCAGCAUUCCACGCAGCCAGUGCGACCAAGUGCUCAAUGAGUUUGCCAGGGAUGGAGAUUUUCUCAUAAGAGACAGUGAAACCAAUGUUGGGGACUUCUCAGUGUCAUUGAAAGCUCCCCUACGAAACAAGCACUUCAGGGUGCACGUUGAAGACGGUGUAUUCUGCAUCGGCCAGCGACGAUUCAGCAACUUGGACGACCUUGUGGAACACUACAAGAGGGCGCCAAUCUACACCAGCCCCAAGGGUGACAAGAUGUAUCUCAUUAAGCCGUUCCACAGGCCAUGAACAAUGCGUAACUUUGUCCUCGCUGCACACACACUACUGAAGUUGCCGGGCAAGUGUCGUACGCAGAAUUUCCUCAGGGGUGCAGCGGUCGCUAGAGAAAAAUGCAAGUUGUCACAAAAAGGCGUUUUUUUUUACAGCCCCGGGGGGUAUCAUGUUCUAGGCAGUAUUGCCCUCUGGAAGAAGUCUGGUCUUGUCUUCCAAACGAUGUGGUUGAAAAUGUAUUCAGGACAGUCUCUGAAGGAAGCUUCCGCCAUUCGCUGCAAGAUCGACCUAUGGGGGCGACACCGUCACCUUUCUAGUAUGGAUAACACACCGGCCGAUGUUUGGAGUUGAUGGUUCUUUUCCGUAAUUCUUUUGUAUAUUCACCGGAAGGUCACUCAUGCCACAGUGGUACGAUACCGUUCAGUUCCCCAAUGCUCCACCUACUGCACUGAACGCGGAAAAUAAAUAUAUAAAACCAGACGACGCGAGGAAGCUACCCACACCACAGUAGUUCAUCGUUUCUCCGCAGCGCACCGACACCGAGCUGACAUGUCGGGCAUAUAUAGUGUCAAAAAGUGGAAAAUUCGGCAUCCGCUGGAGGUAGAUUGAAGCGUGAACCGCCGGUCGGGAGCCGCCGAUUUCCUGCCGAUGUAAGCCAUGAUAUAGCUGCCAAUAUCAGUGUAGGGCCCUGCACUUAACCUUUAACGCAUACAUACCCCCGACCCUAAACGCAAUGCCAGGACAGUGCCCAAUAAAAGAACAGUCCCUGUUACUCCUGACCUGAGGUUUCUGCUUUAACAUAUAGGGUCAGAUGUUCUCGGGCUAAAUGCCUUUCGCAAAUUCGAGGAAUAAAAAAGUUGCUGUUGCUUUUUUAAUAAAAAGUCCGCCGGUAAGAUCAGUCGAUUCCCAUGCAUUCGGAUGUUCACAGGAGCUUUUGGUAAGCAUCGUACCAGAUGACACUUGAUAUGCACGCAUAGAACAGCGCAAACGUGUUCUACAUUUUACCCUAAAACAUGAGGCUCUACAUGUGUCCCGAGAACACAGCCUCCCCAGUCUUUCGGAGAGUUCAAGCCCCACAGUAAUUUAGAGGCAACGUGCAAGUUACAGAUUGCGUGAAUCAGCAGAAAACAAUCUCACGACAACUCUUCAUUUUACUUCACCGUACGAAUGCAGAAAGAUGUCUGUCAAGCUCCUCAUGCAAUUACACUGCCAUGAGAGCCAGCACGCCUUCAGUGCAACGGUGACUGCUGUGUGAGGAACUUGACUGGUAAUGCCAAGUUGCGCCUGAGGAAUUUCCUGAGGAAUCUGCCGCCACAUUUUCAUUUUUUUAGAUUUCCAAUAGCAACUGCAACUUUAUACUUCCCCUUUUCCUUGCCCGGCAACUUCGAAAUCCUCCUGCUGCACCCGCAGCCCUCCACUCGUGCUGCAGUUUGUACGCACAUGUCUGAUUUUACUCUCCCCCCCUUCGCAGUUGUAAGAUAGGUGUAAAAACUUUUACGCAACUAUUCCGUCGCACUUCUAUUUUUGAGCGAAACGUAUUCGUUUUAUGUGCAACAUUACGGAACCCGCCAGGAACAUUAUUUAUUGAGCCCGUACCUGUGUCUGGCGUGUGCGAGCUAUAUUUAUGGAAAACUUGUCUGCUUCUGCUUUCUGCUGUGGUGCACAGGUGGGGGCGCUGUGGUCGCAGCUGGGCUCUGUAGUGUGGCCGAGGUACAAAGCGGCAGUAAUAUACUCAGCUUUUGUAAUACACGACUGACGGAUCUCUCUUGCGACGUGACGUGUCGUCUGUAGCGAGACGCGACGGGACACCAUUGUUGUUCUAGUGUGCCAUCUCCGCCACAUUACAUGCCGGCACAGCAUGGGUGUGGCGGGGGAUAAUAUUUUGCGUUUAAUGUAAUUACGAGUGUAUGCAGGCGUGUAUGCUUUCUCUGUGUUUCAGAUAGGGCAGCUAGGAGAUGUGAGCCUCGUAUAAUAUUUUUGUGUUCAAGUAACUGCUCUUCCAAUUUUUUUUUUUUUUUUACGUUUUAGUAGAGAUGGGACGAAUCCAGAAGCUCACGAAUCCAUGAAUUUUACGAAUCUCGAAUCUUCCGAAUCCUUUCUUAUCUAAGGCCUUCAUCUUAUCUAAGGCCGUGGUUCUUUCUUAACAAAAAAAAUAAAAGAGUUUAAAAAGCCAGGGAAAAAAAGAAACGCUUCGACUGAAACUGUUUUGAAGCAGAAUUUGACAUUUUUGUUUAAUGAAAAAUAAAAUAAAAAAUAAUAAUAGUUCUUUCAGUAGAAAACAUGCCCAUAUACUGACUCUUAAAUGCAAGUUUUUUUAGCAUGUUGUUCGUCGACUAAAGGAAAUACGUAAACUGUCGAGUCUCAAUUCCUUCCAUAAAACUAAGAAACGAUCUAAAGCAAAACCAUGUUACUUUUAAACGUGCAAUAUAAGAGUUCUGCCGGAACUCUUUGUCCAGAACAACGUAAACAAACAAAUAAGAAAACGGAGCUGAAAGUUUUAAAUUAAUGCAGAUUUUUGUUCAGAAACACCAGCAUUCUCACCCGCUCAGGGUCAAGCCUACUGUGUUUUUGAUCAGCUAUGACACCCGAUUACGCUGUGAUUUUGGCGGUGCUCGCCGGCCAAUCGGGCUUUCAGCGGGUUCCCUAGGCGACAAUUUUAAAAAGAAACCACUCAACGUGGUUGGCGGAUUCGAAAGAUUCAAUUUGCCGUUUUGGGCACUGAGAUUCGGAUUCCUGAAUCCCUGCCUAGGAUUCGAGGGUUCACGGAUUCGGUUGGCCCAUCCCUACAUUUUUAGCAUCUCCCCCAUGUCUUUGUGUGUCUAGGUCAUUGGACAGUAGAACGCAAGAUCACCAUCACUCCGACCCUCUUGACUUGCUUUAUAGACAAAUCAAUCAAUGUACUAGUCAUUCAGUUACGUUUUACGGUGUUUUGACGGGGGACUUUUUUUAGAAAAUGCUAUUUUUAAUUGUAGACAUUCCACCGAGCGGCGAGGCUUCUAUUGGACACAGCUUUUUUCAGUGCUGAAAUAUACUGUGUGGCCCAGCAAUAGUGUGUUCCAUUUUCGGUACAUCACCAGUAAUGCAAGAGUGCGUGCAAUGAUAGGCAUGUGCUCUACCGAAAAUUUGUUACACGUAAAUUAUAUGCAUCUGUACUGAAUGAUACAAGGUUUAGAUGCUGACACAGGGCAUGAAGCUGCUCCACUUACAGCACUGUGGAUGAGACCCAUUUGAUUUUAUGUGCAUUAUAUCACACAUUAAUACCCCUGUCAGACGGGCGCACUUACGGCCUUAACGGUUACGGCCGUAAGUGCAUACUGUCAUUAACUUCUUGCCAGACGGUCUGCAACACGGCCUUUGCGACAAAACUGAGAUCGAAGGGCAACGUCGUUCCUGCCAGACAUUUUACGGCAUUCCAUCGAAACUGCCCAAGCCUCGUCACCAAACGCCAUAGGCAGGAUUUCGUGCAUUUAAUUCAAUUCGAAAUAAAAUGUAACGUAUGCAUUUUUUCACUUUGCUUUACGUUUUAUCUCGUCUGUUCGUAGUGACUUUCGUACCACUGCGUGCGGCAUCGCACUGUGUCGUCUGCAUCCAAAAAGUCGGACACCACUCAACAAAAUAUCCAAAGCACUUCAAAGCAAGUAUCCAAAGCAAAGUAUCCAAAACAAAGUAUCCAAAGCACUUCAAAGCAAGCACAGUAUAAGUUUGCUGUUGUAUUUUCAAAAUGCUAACCAAAUGUUGUUUUCGUGUACUCGUGUAGAAAAAAAACGUGACUUCACUGCAUUACAUUCAGCGUUCGCAUAUGUGUUUAUCGAUGUGGACGUCAUCGGCAAAAUGCCUUCACGGAUACCGUCUGGCAGCUUCCCAGAGCUUAAGGCCGUAUCUAACUUACGGCCAUUUCUUAAUGCCGUAACCUUAAAGGCCAUAUAUGUGCCCGUCUGACAGGUAUAAGUGGGGCCUGACUUUUUCAGGUUAAAUGCUUCGUGCAGAUUCAGAAGGGGAAAAAAAAAUUGGGUGCUAUUCAUACAUUCGGGUGUUAUCAGGUUAUUUUCGUUCUUUCUGUCGAGCAAGUAGUCUACAAAGGUGCACGUGUGGUCAAACGUGCAUUCCUUGCAAAUUCUACUCACAAGUGCUAAAUAAUAAUUACAACUGGAUUGCUACUAAAUAGUGGAUGUGACGCGUGAUACAAUGCAAUCGGAAUUCGGGGAGAAAUGGGGUUAACCUGAAUCGGAGGGGGGGAGUUAUGGAGUUGAACCUGAGAGAGUCCGACCCUGCAUAUGUAUAAAGCUGCUGUUAGACUGGGUAUCAUGUGUUCAUGAACUCAGAGGAGCAUAAACUUGGAUCAUGCAAGUGCAUGUCACGACCCACAUUAUUUCCAGUGGUUGGUCACAUUUCAUAGAACUACCUUUAUUUAUUGUCAUGUGUCUGUGUGGAAAGGCAUUUUUUAGUGGGAAUGAAAAAUCACCUGGAAGCGUGAAGUGGUGACAGUUGCGUGAGACGAUUUUUCGAACUGCUCUGACGAGCGACACUUUUUGAAUGCUUUCUAAGCGACUGUACUGCUUGUGUGCGAGAUGUCACAUUUUUCAGAGUGUGUGCAUUGAUAGUCACUUAUCCUCCUUUUUGUGACCGUAGUGGAACACGUAAUAAAUAUUUAAAUAUAAAUACA